AUGCUGGAGCGGUCGGCUGACGCAGGCAGCUCGGCAGGCCGUCCCAGGCCUGUUACGCGGCGCAGGCCUUUUUUCCGCGCGCGGCCGUUUUGCGUUAUGCUGGUCGUCUGCGGCGCGCACCUGGCAUUGUUUUGUCAACAGGGGGCUUGUUCAGAAGGGCUCAAGGCAUCCACCUCGGCUCGUGAGCAGCCGGGAUCUCUCAGUGUGCAGACGCGGGCGCGCGCGCGGCUCCGCGUCACCCCCCCCGCGGCCUUGGACGAGAAGACGCGGAGAAGUCCGGUGGUGCUCUCCAAGCCGCCCGGCCUGGACGAUACAGUCGAAACGCGUGAGGAGCGCCGGACAGACGGGACGGCAACUGAGCCGGGCGCUGGAGACUCGCACGUCGCGGACGCCUCCAACAGCAAAGGCAGGAACCACAGUGGGCAGGAUCUGGAGUUCUUCUCGCGAGACAGGAGGAGAUUCAAGCUGUUCAAGUCCCUCGGGAAGCUCGCCUUCGCCGUCGGGCUUGUGAGCGCCGGACUGGUGCUGGCGCGGGAUUCGGAGAGCAUGUGGGGCGUCAGCUUCGGCUUGGGUCUCGGGCUCUGGGGGACGGGGAAGACGCUCUCCGCGACUGGAAACGUGAUCAAGACCGGAUUCCGCAUGAUCCGCACGGCCAAUGCCGACCGAAAAGUAAAACUUCUGGCGAAGAAGAAGGCCGACGAAGAGCGGCGCAGGCAGCUCCUCAAACAAGACGCCAGCGACGAAUGA